AUGGCCGCCACGGUAGACAGUUCGACUACGCCGCUCAGUCAGCAAUAUGACACCCCUCUCGGCUUGGCUCACUCGACAAUGCAGGCACUGAAGGACCGGAUCAAACUGCAUUAUGAUCUCGCCAGUGACUACUAUCUCAGCCUUUGGGGCGAGCACAUCCACCAUGGAUACUGGGAGAACGAUUCUCAGACCAAGGAGGAAGCUCAGAUCAACCUCAUUCGACUCCUUCUCAAGCUUUCCAGUGUCGGAGAGAACAGCACCGUCCUCGAUGUCGGCUGCGGCAUCGGUGGCACCUCUCGAUACCUCGCUUCGACUCUCGGCUGCUCCGUGACCGGUAUCACCAUUUCGACCAAGCAGGUCGAGAUCGCCAACCGACUCACAAAAGCCGCAGCCGAAAAGGGCCAGGAGAAUGCCGAAGUCGAGCCCGACGCCGACGGCUUCUUCGGAUUGGGCAAGGGCAAGGUGCGCUUCGUAGAGCUCGAUGCCGAGAAGAUGGGCGACUUCUUUGCUGGCCAGGGAGGCUCCUUCGACGCGGUCUGGAUCAGCGAGGCGCUGAGCCAUUUCCCCAACAAAGCGCUCUUCUUCGAGAACACCUUCAAAGUCCUCAAGCCUGGCGGCAAGCUGGCGCUCGCAGACUGGUUCAAGGCUGAGGAUCUGAGCGAGGCCGACUUCAACAACGACAUCAAGCCAAUCGAAGACGGCAUGCUCCUCCCUCCCAUGUGCACCCAGCAAGGAUACGUCGACUUGGCCAAGCAGGGCGGGCUCACCCUUCUUGCCGGACCGAAAGACAUCAGCAAAGAUGUGAGCAGAACUUGGGACAUAACGUGGUCUCUGGUCCAAAACCCUUCGCUCUGGGCAUUUGCCCUAAGUCAGGGUCGCGACGGCAUCGCCUUCCUGCAAUCCUUCCGCGCCAUGAGACGGGGCUACGCAAACGGUACUUUCCAGUACGCCGUCAUCUCGUUUGAGAAGCCAAACAGCGGGACUGACUGA